AUGGAAAGGAAUGCCUCCAAACCGGCUCGAAAGACUGUGCCCCGACGCCAGGCGAGUGUGUAUGGAGGUGGAGAUAAAAAUUGGGUGUAUACGACCUUGACAACGCAAAGCACGGUGAGCGUCUCUCAGUCUAGUUACACCUCGGCGCCGUCUCAUUCAAACUACUCUCCUCCCCCACCACCUCCUUGUUCCCUCCUCCCACCCUCAUCCGCAAAUAAACCGCUCGCAAUUCCAAUUUCCCCCCUUACCCUCCUCACGUAUACUCGCACUGAAUCGAUAAUGUACGACUUGACCACGUCAUUUGGGCUGCUCUUCUCUGGGACCUGCCAAUUGGCGUCUCGGACCUACCGGGCCUUGGCCAGCUUGCGCGUUGUUAUCCGCCCUCGUGAUCCGACCGGGUGA